GAUUUUGUGUUUGCUUGAUGCCUAUGGAUUUGCUGAAUGAUUUUCACGGUCACUGAUCAGUUGACUGCUUAUCACUGUUUUGUCUCGUCGAGAAUUUCCCUGGAAUCUGCGGUCGUGACCCGGGAGUCUGCUGUCCUUGGAAAACUGUGUCUUCUAUGGCCCAUGGGUAAACAGAGCGAUGCUGCCUUCAGAUACCUUUGGCAACUUAUCAACUGCCAGUUGACCCCAAAUGUGCAGCAAAGUGGUAAGAGAUGUUAGCAAGAUCUGUGACACCAAGGCCUUGAAGAUGUGACAACAUACUAUCCAACCUAUGCACUGUGUCAAAAAAGUCCGUGGGAGUUAGGAAGUACGAGGCUGUCCUGAAGGCAACACGAGCCCACAUAAUGCUCCUCUUCAGCACCAGGAGCAGCGUGCCAGCCCGCAGAGCGCUUCCCGAGGCGGAUAAUCCCCAUCUCUACACGAAGUCCUAAUGCAAUCAGGAAGGGACUGCUGUAACUCACCUCAACGAAGACUGGCUCUGGAGGCAAAUGCGAGCCACGACCUGAACGUCCACCAAUAGGAAAAAGCCUGGACGGGCAGAGACAUGGAUCAUUUGCGUUUCACAUUGUCUUCAUUGUGAAUAUAGGAAAAUCUGACAAUGAUAAGCCGACCCUCUAUAAUGUGACAGCCGCUGUCGCAUUUCGACCUGCAGAAACUUCUCACCGAACAGCUUGCAUUUUGUUUUAUUUUAUUUUUUUUCCCAGCACCAUGGUGACAUACAAUCUGGCUUUAACUUUCAUCAUUGCGGCCCUUUGGCGGGCCAGUGGCGAACCACAAACUAUUUCUUCACCCCCGAUAAAUUCAACUUCAUCACCGUCCAUCAUCAGCGAAGACGCGCUGACAAACAAUGCCACAGACGCUGCCGUGGGAUCCCGGAUUUCAGCGCUAAUAACGCAUCUCCCAACUCUGAAAAACGUUGUUAUUUUCGUCUGCGUGCUGACAGCUGCUCUCAUCACAUGCCUGGUCGUCAAAGUGGUCAGAUCUGGGAGACGAAUCAGAAAAACACGAAAAUACGAUAUUAUAACGACGCCUGCAGAGCGUGUCGAGAUGGCCCCUCUCAAUGAGGAGAACGAUGAUGAGGAUGACUCUACUCUCUUUGAUGUCAAAUACAGGUGAAUCGCAGCAUGGACAUCCACAUUUGAUACCACCGGUUUUGCCCGGGACAACUCAAGUGAUUUCCUACAUCUUUUUUUGUUGUCAAGUCUAACCCAAUCAACAACUUCAUAUGCUGCUUGUGCAUGGCUUUUAUUUGUGUUUAGAGGACUUGAGCCACAUGGAUAUCAUCGUUUGCUGCUUUACCGAUGCUUCUAUCACAUUGUCCGAACUAACCUGCCUAGUUCUUUCCCGUGUUAAUGUCAUCAUCUAGUCAUCUCCAACAAUUCAGUACAUGGAAAUAAUAUUUUAUUUUUUAAAUUGUGUGACAGUUACUGUAGUUUACAUUUAAUUUUUACAGUCGAGCUACAGUAUAAAGUAUCAUGGACUGAAGAGUUUAUGUAGGAAUCAACGCCUGUGAUCCAGGGUGAAUCACACCUUUUUAUGAUUUAAUUUGUAAUCUUUAAAUAAAUACUUGGUGGCCACUAAAGACCAUCAGUUGAUGCACAAAGUGUUAACAUGCAACAAAUAUUGUGCAGAGAAUACUUUAUUCAAAUGUAAAAUUUGCACACUAUGAAAAAUCUAGUUAUAUACACAGUAAUUGAUUUUUUUAAUUAAACUUUAAUACCAAAUAUAUCUCUAUCUACUAACCACUUUAUUGUGCAUAUAUACUGUCGAAGGCUUUCUGUCCUUAUGUAUGGUCCAAGUGCAUAUUUUUUUACUGUGUGUUGUCUCAGACAUUCCUAUUUUGCUGCUAUGUCAGCUGACGUUUUAAGUUUUCAAAUUUGAUUAAAAACUCAAAGAAUAUCGUCAGUAUAUAUUUGUAAGGUAUUAAUGAAGAAUGUGAAUGUGAAUGUGAAUGCUGUAAUCUGCUGUGAUCAGGUGUGUUCAAUCAUGUGACAAUUUUAUUUGAUCAAGUAACCACUAAACAAUAUCAUAACAGGUUUAAAGACUGUAGUGAAGUAGUUGAAGUAUCUGACAUGCACAUUGUGCACCCAGUGUCUUAUUUUCUAAAUCAAAACAAUGUUAUAUCACCAUAUAAAGUCUAGUUAAAUUAAAUAAAGGAUAAAUAAAAAUUUAUUGAAAAAAUGUGGUAUCUCUUGUUUGAGAGUGUACAUGAACAGCUAGUCCAGUAUUAUGUAAAAUCCCCCACAAUCAUUUCCAUCAAUGGCUCACUGAGUAUGUUCAUAUUUAACUCUAAAAGGGCCAUUUGUUUCCUGAAGAGUUGCUUCUCUGUCCAAUACAGCCUCCGGUAAAUAAGGUUUAUCUGUCUUCGUUUGGGUGUAAUAUUCUGAAUAUUUUUCAUAAAUCAGUCACAUCGUGUAAGCCAUUCUCAUCAAAUGGGAUUUUCCUGGACUCUGGAUGUAUCAGAUGUACUAGUUUAGAUGCAGUGGAAGCCGGCUUAGACAAAUCAGUACAAACACUAGAUAAGUAUCUCAGUACAAUACGUAAAACUAAAGUAAGUAAAGGCAACAUUCAUAGGCUUUUAUGCAUCUUACACACACUGGCAAUGACAUUUGAUGGAAAUAUUUUUGAUAUUUGGCUUUAAAAUGGGAGUUUUUACCAAAUGCUGACAAAUGAUUCACAUAUUUUUCCCAUGAAAUAAUUAAGAAGUCACUGUUGUGAAUAAUGAAAGACACAGCUAAUUUGUCAUAUUUGUUGUAUUUUUGAUUCAAACACCAAAGGCACAAUAAUUCACCAAAAGUCUGAUCCAAACUAAAUGAAAGGAAUAGCAGAGGAGUUCACAAACCUAGAGUUUGCAGAGUGCACCUAGAUUAGGCUUCUGCAGCAAACGUGUGGGUUUGUUGUAGGUGACCUUGUGUUUUAAUUCAAACUGUUGAUAGUGCACCAUACCCUACAGGUGCAGCCAUUUUCAAAUGACCUCCA